GCGUCUCGGUGUCGGCAGUGCUCCUGGAGACCCAGCCCCAGGGGCGACAGGUGCUUGCAGGGGAGCGUCUGGUCCUCGUCUGCUCCGUGGCUGAAGGCACAGGGGACACCACGUUCUUCUGGCACAGAGAAGACACGGGGGAGAGUGUGGGGAGCAAGCGCCAGCGUUCCCGGAGAGCAGAGCUGGAGAUCCCUGCCGUCGGGGAGAGCCAUGCAGGUCGCUACUACUGCACGGCGGACAAUGGCCACGGCCUGGCCCGCAGCGGGGCCCUGAACGUCACCGUCACAGUCCCAGCGUCCUGUCCCGUCCUCACCCUCAGGGCGCCCGGGGCCCAGGCCUUCCCUGGGGACGUGGUGGAGCUUCGCUGCGAGGCCCAGAGCGGCUCUCCCCCGAUCCUGUACUGGUUUUAUCACGAGGAUGUCACCCUGGGGAGCAGCUCGGCCCCCUCUGGAGGAGGAGCGUCCUUCAACCUCUCUCUGACACCAGAACGUUCUGGAAACUACUCCUGUGAAGCCGACAACCAGCGCAGUGAGGCGGUGCCACUCAGCGUCACAGGGCGGGUGGUGAUGGAACGGGACGGUAGCUGGGGCACCGUGUGUGAUGACGGCUGGGACAUGAAGGAUGUGGCCGUGGUGUGCUGGGAGCUGGUCUGCGGAGCGGCCAAGCACACCCCUGCAGGCCUGCUGUACCUGCCGUUGGCAGAGGAAGACCAGUCCGUGUUUCUUCAAGUGGCCCUUGCAACGGGACCGAGGAUGCUGGCUGAAUGUGAGCAGGUUGAGACCUUUGACUGUGAUCACAGUGAGGAUGCAGGUGCAGUGUGUGAAG